AUCAAUUCAAAAUGCAAGGUUUAAAGAAAGAUAAGUAGUUUAAUUCAGUAAUUGUUGUUAAUUGUUUAAAUUACUUUUAAUUGUAACUUUUAAUCGUUUUUUUAGGCACACUUGAUGAAUAUGUAUUUAUUUUUACACUUAAAAGGCAAUCUGAAUAAGGGUCAAUUAUAAUCUAAGCCUUAGUGAACUUUCCACAACUUCCAAUAAAUUUUAAUCGCCUUGUGAAUUUUGUAGUCGUAGUUUUAUAUAAUUAAUAACAAUGUCUAGACUUUUACUAACUUACAAACGUUUGUUAACAAAACACCCCGUUAAAACUCAAUGCAUACAAGCAGGGGUUUUGUGUGGCACAGGCGACUUGAUCGCCCAAGCGGUUAUAGAAAAAAAACCUUUAAAAAACAUUAACUUGCAAAGGACAGGAGUUUUCCUCACUCUAGGAACUUUUUGGAUAGGCCCUUCGGUUACGAUGUGGUACCGAUGCCUGUUCAAAUUCUUCGGCGAUAAAGGUAAAUUUGUGGCCUUGAAGAAAGUGGCUGUAGACCAACUACUGUUCGUUCCGCCGUUUCAAAUAUGCACUAUAUCGGCCAUCAACAUUUUGCAGGGCCACGAUUUGGAGUUCGCGAAGGAGCAGUUGAGGCUUAAAUACGCGGAUAUUUUAAUAGCCGGCUACAAAUUGUGGCCUGCGGUGCAGGUGGUCAAUUUCUAUUUCGUUCCUUUGAAUUAUCAAACGCUGUACGUGCAGACGGUGGCCCUGUUUUGGAACUCCUACGUCUCGUGGAAGACCCAGCAAGGUAUAAUUAAAGAAUAGCGCGAUUUAUAGAGUAAUUUAUUUGAAUAAAAAUAUGUGAUAUUGUGCGUGUUGAAGUGUAGGAAAAUAUGCGAUUAAAAUUUU